AGCUGCUUCAGCUCUGCACUCUUUUUCUGUCCCACUGAGAACACAAAGGUGCCGUGGGACUUACUGCUGACAACAAAUACUUGGCAGGGAGGAGAGUUUGACUAUUCAGAAGAUGGGCUUUGGAGAGGACCUGCGGUGCCCCCAGGCACAUGCAGCUGUCAUUCGUUUGCUGGACUCAGAACUUCACCUGAUGGAGGUCAUGAAAAAGUGGAUGGGUCACCGAGCUAAAAGUGAACGGGAGUUUUCAGUGCAGCUGCACCACAUGGCUGCCAUGGCAGAGAAGCUGGACCGGCCUCAGCCUGGUGCAGGACAGGAUUACAUCAGCCAGCUCAACAAGUCAUGGGGAGUCCUGGUCGCUCAGACAGACCUCCUCAGUCAGGUGAUGAAGAAGCGCUCUGAGGGUCUGCUGGAUGGUCCCAUCAGCAAACUAACGCUGCUCAUCAGAGACAAACAGCAGCUCCGCAAAACCUACGCCGAGCAGUGGAACCUGCUGAGGCAGGAACUCAGCAAGGUGACGCAGAUCGAGCUGGAUAAGCUGAAGAACAGCUACAGACAGGCAGUGAGAGAUGCAGCACAGGCUAAGAGGAAGUACCAGGAGGCCAAUAAAGAUAAAGAGCGAGACAAGACAAAAGAGCGUUACGUAAAGGCUUCAGUGAAACUCCACGAGUUGCAUAACGAGUAUGUGCUGUCUGUGCGAGCUGCUCAAGUUUAUCACCAGCACCACUACAGUCAGAUCCAGCCCGCCCUGCUCGAUGCACUGCAGAUUCUGCAGCAGGAGAUGGUGCUCAUACUAAAAGAGAUCCUGCAGGAGUAUUUUGACAUCUCCACUUUCCUUCAUCAAGAAGUGGUGAAGAUCCACAGGGAGAUAUCUUCUGCCCUAACAGCCAUCGAUCCUCACAAAGAAUAUGAGAGCUUCAUCCAACAGAACCGGUCUGUAGGGGAGACUCCUGCUUGUGCAGAGUUUGAUUGUAGUCUGCUGGAGGACACUGAACAGCUCAACCCCCGAGAGAUUGAACUGAAUGACCUUACGCUUGAGACAGUCCAGCACAAACUGACUGCGGUAGAGGAGGAGCUGCUGGCUCUGGCUCGGACUCUGGGCUCCCAGCAGGCCGCGGUCGAACAGCUGGAGCUGGAGCUGGACGCAGAGCGUGAGGGUGUCAAGAAGGGCCAGAGGGUCUAUCAUUUCAGUAAGAGACAUGCGAUGGAGGAAUGCCGGCAGCAGGUUGCUCUGUCCCAGGGCAUGAGAGCCAAGCUGGAGGUCCAGAGGCUUCUUCUGAAAGAGAAGCUGGACCAGCUGGGCUCCAAAGAACCUCCCUCUGCUCUGAAGCUGGAACAAGACAACGUCUCACUUUCAUCCAACUCAAGCAAUCACAACAGCCCAACUCCCUCCAAACUCCUCAUGGACGGGAUCAUGAACAACCUGGGUGGCCUGUUCAAACCCAAAUAUGAGGUGCUGCCGGCCCUCACCCUGGUGCAGGAGGUGGAUCGUCCACUGGGGCAGCAGGACUGGUACCACGGCGCCAUUCCCAGGCCGGAGGUCCAGCAGCUAUUGACGAAUGAAGGAGACUUCCUGGUGAGGAAGAGUCAAGAGAAGCAGGGUUAUGUGCUCUCUGUGCAGUGGGGAGGAUCCUGCAAGCAUUUCCUCAUUCAGAACACAGAUAAUCUGUAUCGUUUAGAUGGAGAAAGCUUCCACAGUAUCCCGCUGCUGAUUGAUCAUCUGCUCACUUCACGACAACACAUCACCAAGAGGUCGGACAUUGUGCUGAAGAAACCGGUUUUGAAGGACAAGUGGGUCCUGGAACAUGAUGAUAUUAUCUUGGGACCCCUAAUUGGACGGGGUAACUUUGGAGAAGUGUACAGUGGUCGUUUAUGCUCUGAUAACACUCCUGUAGCCGUGAAAUCCUGUAAAGAGAACCUGGCCCCAGAGCACAAGAGUAAAUUCCUGAUGGAAGCCAGGAUCCUGAAGCAGUACGACCAUCCUAACAUUGUGAAGUUGAUAGGAGUGUGCACUCAGAAACAGCCCAUCUAUAUCAUCAUGGAACUCAUUCAAGGUGGUGAUUUUCUCUCCUUCUUACGGCAUGAGGGUCAGUGUCUGAAGCCUAAGAUGUUGGUCAAAAUGACAGAAAAUGUAGCAUCCGGCAUGGAGUUCCUGGAGACCAAGAAGUGCAUUCACAGGGACCUGGCAGCAAGAAACUGUCUGGUUGCAGAGCACAACGUGGUGAAGAUCAGCGACUUUGGGAUGUCCCGUCAGCAAGAUGAUGGUGUCUACUCUGCAGAGGGCGGCCUCAGACAGAUCCCAGUCAAAUGGACAUCUCCUGAGGCCCUGAACUUUGGUCGUUUUACUACAGAAAGUGAUGUCUGGAGCUUUGGCGUCUUACUGUGGGAGACCUUCUCCAUGGGAAUGACGCCCUACACCAGCAUGACCAACCAACAGACACGAGACGAGGUGGAGAAAGGAUACCGUAUGCCCGCUCCACAAGGCUGCCCAGUGGAAAUCUCCAGGAUUAUGAGCAGCUGCUGGGAGUACGAACCCAGAAAUAGACCGUCUUUCAAGAAACUUCGGGCUGAGCUCAGUGCCAUAUAUAAAAAAAUUACAUAA